GCGGUUGGCGGGGGCGCGCGCCGCAGAGACUGGUGGCACUUGGCGAUGGGAGCGCGCUGGAAGUGGCGGCGGGAGAGCGCGCUCCGUUCGGGCCUACGAGCCGGGGAUGUCGUUGGUGCGGGGCAGCCGCUCGCAGGCGGCGGGCAGAGGCCGCAAGAAGAAGGCGGCGGCACCACCGAGGAGAGAGUGGGACAGUACCAUCAGUGACCUGAGCGUGCACCGGGCCAGCCCGGAGGAACUCGCUCGGCGCCGGCACAGCCGCCAGUCCAGGAACCGGCGGUUCGGCCUCCACAAACCCCGCGCCGCUCCCGGGAAGGAGCCGCCGCUGGUCAACGAGCUGCUGCUCGACCGGUGGCAGCUGCAGGACGUGUUGGCCAGGUCUGACCGGGCCUUGGCUCUAGUCCGGGAUCUGUUCGCCGACGGCCCGCGCCUCCACGCCGCUUUCCCCAACGUGACGGCGGCCCCGGGCUGCGGGAAGGCGGCUCUGCUGGCUCCGAGCUGGGAGCGGCCUACUCAGCUGUCCCUCCUCAGCGAGUCGGUCAUGGACUCCCAGGCCCUCAACGAGACCGGCAACACCAUCCCAGACCGUCCACCGUCCCGGGAUAGUCUGAAAAAGGCAGAUGCUGCAGCCUUCGAUGGCAGCAACCAUCCCUCCCUGCAGGGGAAACCACCAAAAACUCCACAGGCUACAUCAGAGUGGUCCCAUACAGACCCCAACCAGACCCCGGAGACUCCAUGCACACCAGAAUGUGAUGCCUCAGGGAACCACACAAGUUUAAACGCCACCACGGCAAUCCAGAGAGCAAAGUCAAGAGUGCAAAGUGAAGCUGAAGGCAGUGCAGACUCAUUCCAAACCGAGACUGCAAGAGUAACUCAGCAAGUCCUUCACCCUGGUUCAAGGAACUCAAAAAACGGCUUUCCAGGGUGCCAAAAUUGCCAUACGCCGACCAGAAGAACAGAAGACAGCAAUCAAGAGGACAAGCAACUGACUCUCGAUGUGCUGCAGGAAAUGAUUGAUCAGAUUGACCAGGAGAUGAUGGAAUUGCAACGCCAGACGGGACGCAAAGUUACGGGCUGGUUGCCACAGAAAGGUCGUAGCCUAACAGGUUUCACCUUCUCCUUGGUCAGCUUGAUAAGCCAACUGACCCACUAUCUAAAGGAGAAUGAAAUUCAACAGCAGCAGGAGAAAGAACAUCAACAGCAACUUGUGGAAAAAUCCACAGAACAGCGAACACUAAUUGAUGCACUGACUGCAGAAUUUCUAACAAUGCAAAAUGAAAUUAUUUCUAUGCAUCAUUAUAUGAUGAAAACAGAUGAAGAACUACACGUAAUGAAACAAAUGUUGCAUGGAUCUUUGGAAGCAGAAAUAAACAAACCGAAGCCAAGAGAAAACAUUGAUGCUUGCAAAGUUGGUGAGGCAGCACUGGGAGGACGGAGUUUACAUACUUGUAUUUACUCUGGCAGACAAGAUAACAUGAAUGCACCUAUUAUAAGGGCUGCACCAAAUCCUGGAGACGAACUUUCAGAAAACCUGGGUAAAAGACUGCCCUUUAUCAAUCAGUACAGGGAGAUUGUGUUAGAAGGAGCUGGAAGAGGUCAGUGUUUACCUGAGCAUUUAUUUGGCUCUGCUGUAUUGCUUUCUCCCCCAAGACAGAGGAACAGUCAAAUAGCCAUCGGAUCACAAACUACAGCCAGUUUGUUUCAAGAAAGACCCCUGACUGAUAAUGUAUACCUGAAAUCAAAUUGUGCGCAUCCCUCGCAAAUUGAUAAGGAAGCUCGAACAUCUGUUGAACUACAAAGAGAAAACAACUUUAUAGAAUACUUAGGAAUGCCAAACCAGCUGCAAGGUCAACAGGAUUUUGCCCAGCAGUGCAAUUUUAGUAAUGCUAAUGAAGGACAAAGGAACUUGACUCCUGUUUUGCCUGUUAGUAAUUCAUCUGAAAUGCAACAACCAGGAACUGUUGAUGCAGCGACAGAUAUUCUGGGAGCAAAGGAGAACAAGAUGGAAGCUGAAACUUUAGACAAGUGGCUUAAACAUGAAGCAAUGCUUGCUCAGAUCACUGAGCUCCAAUUGCAGAAUUCAGCUCUCAAAGCCCAACUUAGCCAAUUCAAUAUUGAUAAAUUACCUAAUUCUGCACCACAGAUUGAAAGGUUUGUGCCCAGACCUUGUGAUAGCCUUCAGCAGAGGAUCACUGAGCUCAACUACCAGAGUGCUGAAGCACGCAGCAAACUUCUGAAGUUGAUUGAACAGCAGAGACAAAUUUCUGGUGAUUCUGCCUCACCACCCAUUUCUCCUAUUCCACCAGAAGGUAAUUGGACAGAAACUGGCAGAAAAUCACUGGAUGUGUUGAUCCCUUUGCCCAAUGGUUUGGACUCUUCCUCAGAGAGCACACCUUGUCCUGCUAGUGAAAUAAAUAGCAAUAGAUCAACAGAUAAUGCCAGUAGAACUAAUUCCUCACUACAUCUGGACAAAGGUGAUGGAAAUGGAACAUCCAUUACUCAAAGAUUGAAGCCAGAGAGAUUAGAAAAACGAGGUUGGUUUGCACUGACUACUCAUACCAUUUGAUUCUAAUGCUGAAAUUACAAAUCUACAUUUGGGUGAUUGGAUAACUAACAGAAGUGCUUUCAUAACUGUAAAAAGAAAAAUACUGCCAAUACUGGAAAUCAGAGCAUGAGAACAUCCUGGUUCUAAAGGCUUGGCACCAGAAAGAUCAACUUGUACUCCCCACAGAUGGUGACUAACAUGUUUCCAAAGUUUUGUCCUUUUCUUUAUGAUUCAAAUUGUAUUUAUUUGUUUUAUGCUAUUUUAGCACAAAUUGUAACUUUAAAUUUCUGUGUGCUCCCAGCAGUUGACUAUCUUUACCUAUACUUAUGAAUUGUGUUAAUUUAUUGAUUCACAGAGGUAAUUAGCCUCAAAGCAGCUUUUAUAAUGGUUCAGAAAUGUUGAGAAUUUUCUUGCCUGUUCUCUGGUUUUUCUAAGCGUAUGUGAGAAUGGGGUGGGAUGGAGGGAGGGGGAGCUACAUGCAGCAGUACUGAAUCAGCAGUGCGUUUUACAAAAUUCCUGAUUUUUAGUUCCAUUGAUGUAAUUAAAAAUAAGUAUGAGUUGUAAAAAUUAAUUGUUGAUUCACUAGCAUGUGUUUGGGGUUGAGGGGUGGUAGCGUGUGCUCCAUUAGUUGCUGAAAUCAUUUUCUAAUCUUUUUUUACCUGACACAAGCAGUUGUCUUUGAGGGGGCAACAUUUUAUAAAUGUGUUCUAUUUUAAAUAUAAAAAUACAUUGCAAUUUUUUUAGUUACUUCAAUAAAGCACUCACACUUUGCGC